UCAAGUAGAGUCUACUUCUCAUAACCUAAUCUCGAAAUAUAAUUUUAUCUGUACUGAUUCAACUGUGAGAUCUCAACUCUAAGAUCUCAACAACAUGGCGGCUCGCACGAUCGAGGAGCUUCGCGAGAUCAUCAACCGCACUUCUACAAAGCUCUCAAACGAUCUCAAGAACCAGGGAAUUCCCUCCCCUACAGUAAAUAAUACAGUAGCGAGACCAAGCUUCGAGUCGAUUGAUUUAAACGCUAGCCGGGAGCUCCUCGAUGCCGUUCGUGAAGUUGAAGCCCUCGUCAUGGGCCCUCAGAAGAUGCUGACUUACAUGGCGGUUAUCUAUCAUGAUGUGACUUCGCUCGGAGCUCUCCUAGAAUUCAAUAUCCCCGCCCUCGUUCCGCUCGAGGGUACCGUGAGCAUAUCCAGCUUAGCCUCACAAAGCGGUCUAUCCGAAGACAAACUGACACGUUUUAUCCGUUACGCCGCUACCAACUUCAUCUUCUGCGAGCCUUUGCCGGGAAUAAUCGGUCACACGGCCGCUUCGGCCGCCCUUGCGCGGGACCCCGCGUUCUGCAACUUUCUCCGCUGGCUCACCGUUGAUCUCGCCGCCGUUCAAGCUUCCAUUCCAGUCGCGGCUAAGAAAUGGCCACUGACCGAGAAAAUGAAUGAGUGUGCUGUUAAUUAUGCAUCUGGAACAAACGGCAAUUUUUGGCAGUGGAUGAACGGCGAUCCUGUGCGCCAAUCGAGAUUUCACCAAGCCAUCGCAGGGCAUGCAGGCGGCGGGGGUGGCUUGAAAGGUCGAUCUUUGGAUGUCGAGGCGUAUCCAUGGGCUGAAAAGCUCGGACGAAAAGCUGUAGUCGUAGAUGUCGGUGGCGGCUCUGGUUACUUCUCUCGAGCCCUUGCAUUGGCUUAUCCAGAAUUCACCAUCACGGUGCAAGAUCGUGCUGCUGCCUUCUCGGCUUCUGCAGCUCGGUCUGAUAAGCCAUCCAAUCUGAACUUCCAAGAACACGAUUUCUUCACCCCUCAGCCGCUACGCGACGCAGAUGCGUACUUCUUACGACAUAUCCUACACGACUGGCCCCGCGCUGAAGCAGUUUCGAUCCUUCGUAAUCUUCUACCAGCUCUCAAACCGGGCGCACGAGUGCUAGUCUCGGAGCACCUUAUGCCAGGUGGGGAGCGGGGCGAGUCGCUUCUCGAAGACAAGAUGAUACGGCAGGUAGACAUGCAAAUGAUGGGUGUCCUCAACUCCAAAGAAAGAACCACAGAGGAUUAUGCUGCCCUGUUUCAAGAGGCAGACAAGAGACUCAAGUUUCGGGUCAAGUACCAGCUCCCCGAAGAUAAGAAAAGUUGGAUAUUUGAAGCUGUUUGGGAAACUGAUUCCUAACUUUGGAAUUGAUUACGGAGCUAUCGAACUA